AUGCAGAAACGAAUGGGCGCGUAUAAUCUCAUGCAGUUCGUCGAGGCCAUCGAGGGGGGAGCCAUGGCGGUGAUGACGCGAUACGAAGGGUGGGCGCCACAGGAAGUCCAGAUCCUGACGUCCAAAGCCCGCAGCGAUGCCAGGAGACCCGAUGUGCAUGUCCUGUUCGAUUUGUAUGCAGUGUGGGGCCAGAAGCCCGAGAAUAUACCUAUUUGCAGGAAGUUCGAAUCAAAUCUAUUAUUAUUCGGUCUAGUCGGGGGCCUUAUUGAACUCUACGAAAAUGUAAAUUUUACUGCGGUACCUUAUAUGGAGGUUCAGGCUCGGUAUUUCUUGCCCGGAUAUGCUCAUAUCCAGUGUGAGACUGAGGGAGUUAGAGUCGAGUCGACAAAGGCAAGGGAGGAAGGAAGGGGUGUGUUGUGCGCGGGACGGGCAGCGGUUGCGGCUCACACGCGAGACUUUGUGUGCCUUGCCUUCAUCGAUGACAAAUGCCCACCUGUGCGCACAGCUUCUCCCGCUGGGUAUAUGGAUGGGGUUUAG